AUGUACAACCCGCCUUACCAAGCACCGGGGCAGUAUGGCGUGCCGGGAGACUAUGGGAACUUUCCUGGCGCACCACCUGGAAUGGGUCCUCCUCCUGGUAUGGCAGCUCCAGGCAUGGGCGCUCCCCCUGGAAUGCAGCAGCAAGAGGCUCACCAACCAGUCAGACCUGGCUCUUUUCCUCCCAAUUUCCAGCCACCCCCCAACAUGCCAAAUAUCAAUUUCUCUGCACCUGUCAUUCGCCUAGGAACCUCUGGACCCUCCAAACCCGACGGCCCCGGAGGUCGAGAUGAUCGAGAAAGAGGCGGACGAAGGCCUGGGCUAGGCGCCGGGACGGGUUCAGAUUUUCGUGGCGAAAGAGACCGGAUAACCCAAGUCCAGCCACCGACCAAGGAAGAAAUCAUAAAAACCCUCUACGUUGGUGGCAUUACCGAGGGCGCCGGAGGAGAUGAGGGUAUCGAAAGGAUAUUGAACGCCGCAGGAAGUCUACGGAGAUGGGUCCGUGCCACGGACGCCGAUGGCAAGCCUUGCAAGUUUGGUUUUGCAGAGUACGAAGACCCCGAAAGCCUCAGUACUGCCAUAGAAGUACUAAGGUAUAUUGAGGUUCCUGUCAAGCGGCAGACUGCAGCUGAAGUGGAGGCCACCGAGGACGCCGAGAUCGAAAUGUCAAAAUUAGUGGUUGUCGCUGAUGACAAUUCACUAAGUUACAUCGAACAAUGGCAAGAAUCACAGGGUGGGAGGGAUGUGGAUCAAGUACAAAUGCGACUUGAUCAUGCCCGAAGUGCGUUGGAUGCUGUCCUCGAAGACCUUCGCAAUCCCACAGUCCCAGCACAGAAAGACGAAAUGUCAAACAUUGACCGAGAAGGUGAUGUCAGCAUGGCAGACGGGGCACAAGCAGAUGGUGCCACUGGAGAAGUGGUCACGAUUCCCAUCGCCAUAGACGAUGAAUUAUCCGACAUCCCAGCAGACAUGCGUGAGACUGUCGCAAAGGAAAUCGCGGCAUUCCGGGAUCGGAGCAAUCGUCGCGAUUUGGAGCGCCUCAAACGGGAAGAAGAAAUAGAACAACAAGAACGGAAUCGCAUGAUGAAUGGUGACCGCUUUAGUCGUCUUGCUUCGCCGCCUCCUUCAGCACCUGCUGGACCUGCCGGCACGAAUGGCAUACCAGUUGGUCCAAGAGGAGCGCCUGCCGGACCAAAAGGCUUUGGAGUGCAAAUACCUAGAGAGUACCAGAAAGGCGUUGUAUUGGUAAAUGGAACGGCAGUCAGUGGAGCCUCUGCAUUCGAAGACGAAGACACCGACGCAAGCGACGAGGAACUUGAACGGCGACGCAAGGAGAAAAGAGAUGCAGAGCUUGAAAAACAACUCUUGGAUCAGGAACGUCGAUGGCUGAAUCGGGAGAGGUCACGGACAGAAGCCGUUGAACGCGUAAAGAAGCGCGAAAAAGACGAAGGCGGCCGCAUAGAGGAGGAGAAGGAAGCAAUGCGCCGACGAUUGCAUGACUGGAAUGACGACACCGAGGCUUCCCGCAAGACCGAGGAAUACUACGCUGAUCGGAGCAUGUGGAUCCGUAACAGAGCGGGCUUUCGCCAGCGUGAAAUAGUAAACGACGAUGCGGAUCGUGCGGCCGAGCAGCGCGAGCGAGCUCGAGAACUACAUCAACGUGAACGGGUGGAUGCCAUGGCAGACGAUUUCCUCAGUCGGCAAGAACAAGAACUCCUCGGCCGAGAACAAGAUCGGGAAGAGGAAGAGCGCGCACAAGCCUCGCGCCGUGAACCUGCCCGCUUCAAGCUAUCCUUAGGGGCAGCAGCACAGAAAGCUGCAGCGCAAAGUGCCUCUCAGACAGUAAAACGCACCGUCGCAGACGUGGAGGGUCUACUUGAGGACGAAGAGGAAGAAUCCAAAGCCGGCACACGCAGAACGCUCAUACCUAUUGAAUACGACGCCUCGACAACAGCUGGCAUGUCGGAAGAAGAGCGCGCCCGAGCGGCUCGCCAGCUCGCCGCGGAUAUUCCCAACGACAGAGAAGGACUCUGGGCGUGGGAUGUCAAGUGGGAGUUUGUGGAUGAGAGUAUUAUUGAAGAGCGAUUGAAGCCCUUCGUGGAAAAGAAGAUUGUCGAAUAUCUCGGUGUGCAGGAGCAGAUGCUGGUGGAUGUGGUUGUCAAUGCUCUGAGAUCCAGGGGCAAACCGCAGGACUUGGUAGGAGAGCUCGAAGGGGCGCUGGACGAAGAAGCCGAAGUCCUCGUCCGCAAACUCUGGCGCAUGCUCAUUUUCUUCUCAGAGUCCGAGAAGAGAGGUCUUGCGGCCUAG